UGUAGACUGCACUGGGGUCAGUGUGUCCGUUAUUUCCAAUGUUAUUGAGGGGGACUGUAGACUGCACUGGGGUCAGUGUAGCUGAUGCUACGGUGAAGUGCUGACGCUGAAAUGCUGCUGCCGCUGAAAUGCCCUUUUUAGGGCAUAAAACAGUGGGGUUGUGCAUAUGACAGACCAUUUUCUCACGAGGAGAUCUUCCCACAGCCCCACUGCAACGCUGCCAGGCUUACAGCCAUUCACCCUGCCUGAUCACAGAGGAUGAAGGCUCCUCUGAUGGCCAUGCUCCUGGCCGUGCUCCUGGCCCUGCCGGCGGUGCUGAACCCCCUGCCCUCGGUCCCACUGGACUGUGCAGACGUGUACAGCAGCGGUGUGGGCCGGAGCGGCGUGUACACCAUCUACCCCGCGGGACCUACCUCCCCCGUCCAGGUCUUCUGUGACAUGGGCUGUGAGGAAGACUCUGAUGGAGGAAGAUGGACAGUGAUCCAGAGAAGAAUGGAUGGAUCAGUGAACUUCUACAGGGGGUGGGACCAGUACCAGCGCGGCUUUGGCCCAGCGUCUGGGGAGUACUGGCUAGGACUGGAGACCAUCCACCUCCUCACUCGGCAGAAGAGUUAUGAGUUGAGGGUGGACAUGCAGGACUUUGAAGGGGGCAAAGUUCACGCUCAGUACUCCUCCUUCUCUAUCCAGUCCGAGUCAGAGGGGUACAAGCUGCUGGUGACUGGGUUCACAGAUGGAGGAGCAGGGGACUCUUUGACUUAUCACAAUGGCCACAAGUUCAGCACCUUUGACCGAGACCAGGAUGCCGCUCCUGAGAACUGCGCCAAGUCCUACGAUGGCGCUUUCUGGUAUAACAGCUGUCACUACGCAAACCCCAACGGUCUCUACGCAUGGGGAAAGGACUCAAAGAAUGCUGUUGGUGUAAACUGGUACCAUUGGAAGGCUUAUGAGUACUCUCUGAAAUCUAUUAAGAUGAAGAUCAGACCUGUGGGCCUGGGCCAAUCUCAGUAGGGCUUCCUCUCUACUGCGUAUGUCAGUCUGUGACAUACUGUCUGUGUGACACUGUCAGGGUUGG